CCGCGAUCCCGGCGUGCCGCGCGGCCUGGCACUGGGGUAAAGGUCGCGGGGCGGAGGGGGCGGUGUUUACUCAUCGGGGACACAACACCCCGAUCCCGAUCUCGGUCCCGGUCCUAGUCCUAGUCCCAGUUCUAGCCCCGGCCCCGGCCUCUGCCGCCGCCAUGGCGAAGCAGGUGCAGCCCAUCAGCCCCGUGAAGAACUUCUUCGCCGGCGGCUUCGGGGGUGUCUGCCUGGUGUUCGUAGGGCACCCGCUGGACACCAUCAAGGUCAGGCUGCAGACCCAGCCCGUACCCCAGCCUGGGCAGCCUCUGCUCUAUUCUGGGACCUUUGACUGUUUCAGGAAGACUCUGGUUGGAGAGGGAGUCCGAGGCUUGUAUAAAGGAAUGGCAGCUCCUAUUGUUGGAGUGACACCCAUGUUUGCUGUGUGCUUCUUUGGAUUUGGCUUGGGAAAAAGACUCCAACAGCGAAAACCUGAUGACAUUUUGACAUAUCCUCAGCUGUUUGCUGCUGGCAUGCUGUCGGGAGUGUUUACAACAGUAAUCAUGGCUCCAGGAGAGAGAAUCAAGUGCCUUUUGCAGAUCCAGGCAGCUACAGGUGAAACUAAAUACAGUGGCCCAAUGGACUGUGCGAAACAGCUGUACCGUGAGGCUGGGAUUAGAGGCGUGUACAAGGGGACAGUGCUCACCCUUAUGAGAGACGUCCCAGCCAGUGGAAUGUACUUCAUGACGUAUGAAUGGCUGAAGAACAUUCUGACCCCUGAGGGAAGGAGUGUGAGUGACCUCAGUGUGCCUAGGAUCCUCUUUGCUGGUGGUCUGGCUGGAAUCUUCAAUUGGGUAGUUGCCAUUCCACCAGAUGUGCUGAAAUCCCGUUUCCAGACAGCUCCUCCCGGAAAAUAUCCAAAUGGCUUUAAAGAUGUGCUGAGAGAACUUAUCAGAGAGGAAGGAGUUGCAUCUCUGUAUAAGGGCUUCACAGCUGUAAUGAUCAGGGCAUUUCCCGCUAAUGCAGCUUGUUUCCUUGGUUUCGAAGUUGCUAUGAAGUUUCUUAAUUGGAUCGCACCAGGUCUAUGAAGACUAGGAAGUCUUUGGAAAUUAGAGAUGAGAGGGAAGAGUGCGAGUAUGCCUCCGAGGAAUAAAAGAACAAUCACUUGAAGUUCCAGGAAUUAUUACUUAUCUAAUACCUUUUUGCCUUCUUCACGUUCUUUAGGUGGUGCUAUGUGUCAUUCAGAAAUAGAAGCCAUAACUCUGAAAUAGAGUUGAUCAGGAGUGAGAGGUGUUAUACCUGAUUUCUGAGCCAAUGUACCACAGCAGUAACGCUGCUAAAAGGCGGUUAUCACUAUUAAACUUCCUUAAGUACUUCCUCAUGGAAGAAGGGGAGAUUUCUUACAUUUUAAAUUCUUUAUUUACUGAAGAAUCAUAUAGCUAUUAAUGCUGAGAAACUUGCAUAAAAUAAUUGUUUGGCAGUGUGUACUUAAUUCUCAGGGCAUAAGCUAACAGUUGCACAUAUCUGCAAACAAUAUAAAUAGCAUCUCAUCUCUUGUAGCUUUUUAGUUGUGGCUGUUAGCAUGUUGACAGUGGUUUUAACGUUAUGUGCAUGUAAUGCAACAAAUAUGGAACAAAGCAGGCAAGGCCAGAAUUAUGUUUUGGUGCACUGAGAGGUAUUACAGAUACCACAUAGGAUCUUCAUGUUGAUUUUUUUGGUGGAACUAAGAAGAAAAAUGAAUUAUGCUCAGAUGUGUUUACUGAACUUUACUGAGGCAGCCAGUAGGAAAAUGUGUGUGACUCACCUGAUCUCAUCUUUUCUCUGAAAUCCCUUUAUCACUUUCUGUUCCAGUGAAUGGGAUAAAUAUCUCAAAUGCAACUUAACAGGUAUAGCAUGAUCCAUAGCAACCCGCAAUAUAUUUGAUUCAUCAAAUGAUUUGUCCUGGGAUUCAGUACCUGACCUAAGAAAUUUCAAGAGGACUUCUAAGAACUCAAUUUCUCUAAUACAUGAGGGGGAUACAUAGGGGACACUAGCUCUGCAGUCCUGUUUAACUUUACUCUCAUUUCUGUUCCUUGGUUUUCUCUUAAUAUUAAACAUAAUCCAUUUUCAUCUGAGAAAUGACUAAUGCUAAGGAGCAAAAAAGCAACUUUAAUUUGUUCUGGUUAUGAUGCAGUAUUGUCAAAACUCAAUAAAGCUAGCUGCUGCUUGGCUAGAA